AUGCCACAUGUGAGGCGCGAAGAGUAUCCAAAAGCCAAUGAAGAGUUUGAACUGCAGUACGUGGAGGUCAUCCAUCGCCACCACAAGAGAACUCCGUAUGCAUCCAACACAUUUCCCAAGGAGUCAUACGGAUGGAGCUGUGACGAUCAGGGUCUGUUCUACUAUGGAAAGCCUCUCAAUCCCGCAGGCAACGAGUCGAGCUCUACGUACUGGAGCGUGUACACGAGCGAGACCAACCCGUUCGCACAAACCGGCUUCAACGGAAGCUGCCAGUUUCCACAAAUCACCAGAGAAGGAUUAGACGACUCGUGGCAGCACGGCAAGGACCUUUUCGGUGUCUACCACGACCUGCUCGGCUUCCUUCCCGACGACCUCGGCGACAAAGUUACCUACCGCGUGACGAACAACCAGAUCACCUCUCAGGUCGCCGGCAUGCUCAUCAACGGCAUGUACGCUCCAAAAGGCGACGAACCGCUCCAUAUCCAACCUGCAGGAGUUGAUUCCCUCGAGCCCCAAUACUCCUGCCCAGCCGCGUCGGCCCUCUCGAGUUCCUACGGCGUCGGCAGCAAAGCAUCGAACUGGACUGCGCACCUGACCGCCGCCAGACCGCUCUUCGACACUCUCGACUCCAUAUCCGGCAUCGCCAGCGACUCUCCCGACUGGCACAAGUCCUUCGACCACUACUACGACAACCUGUCUGCGCGACAAUGCCACGCCAAGCCCCUGCCCUGCAACACCAACGACACGAGCGCAUGCGUCACCCGGGAACAGGCUGAUGCCGUCUACCGUCUUGGCCAGUACGAGUAUUCCUUCAUCUACCGCGACUCGCCUCAGUCCCUGCAAGCGUCCCUCGGCUCCUACGGCGUGUGGCUCGCCGAGCUGGCACAGAACAUCCGCGACGUGCAGGCUGGCAAGCGCGAGGUCAUCUACCGCCACAACGUCGCCCAUGACGGCUCGGUCUCGAGACUGCUGAGCAUCCUGCAGGUGGAGCAGAUGGUGUGGGUUGGCAUGGGUGCCGAGGUUGUAUUCGAGACGUAUGCGAAGGGGGAGAAGAGUUACCUACGGAUCUUGUGGGGGGGUCGGGUGCUGAGGAGCUCGAGCCCGUCGUUGGGGAGCGUCGAUAUGUUGGAUCUGGAUGUGUUCCUGGCGUACGUUGAUGGGCUGGUGGGGGAGAAGGCGCAGAAGGUUGUCCAGUUCUGCUCGUCUUGA